GUCUUGAGUCAGAGCACCGACCUUGGGGACCCUGGACCACUGUCAUGGAGACAGAGAGCGAGCAGAACUCUAACUCCACCAAUGGGAGUUCCAGCUCGGGGGGCAGCUCUCGGCCCCAAAUUGCUCAGAUGUCACUGUAUGAACGACAAGCAGUACAGGCUCUGCAGGCACUGCAGCGGCAGCCCAAUGCAGCUCAGUACUUCCACCAGUUCAUGCUCCAGCAGCAGCUCAGUAACGCCCAGCUGCACAGCCUGGCUGCCGUCCAGCAGGCUACGAUUGCUGCCAGUCGACAGGCCAGCUCCCCAAACACCAGCACUGCCCAGCAGCAGGCCACCACCACUCAGGCCUCAAUCAACCUGGCCACCACGUCGGCCGCCCAGCUCAUCAGCCGGUCCCAAAGUGUGAGCUCUCCCAGCGCCACUACCUUGACCCAGUCUGUGCUGCUGGGGAACACCACCUCCCCACCUCUCAACCAGUCCCAGGCCCAGAUGUAUCUACGGCCACAGCUGGGAAACCUGUUGCAGGUGAACCGGACCCUGGGCCGGAAUGUGCCUCUAGCCUCCCAACUCAUCCUGAUGCCUAACGGGGCAGUGGCUGCAGUCCAGCAAGAAGUGCCAUCUGCUCAGUCUCCUGGCGUUCAUGCAGAUGCAGAUCAGGUGCAGAACUUGGCAGUGAGGAACCAACAGGCCUCAGCCCAAGGACCCCAAAUGCAAGGCUCCACUCAGAAGGCCAUUCCUCCUGGAGCCUCCCCCGUCUCUAGCCUCUCCCAGGCCUCGAGCCAGGCCCUAGCUGUAGCACAGGCUUCCUCUGGGGCCUCAGGCCAGUCCCUCAACCUUAGUCAAGGUGGAGGCAGUGGGAAUAGCAUCCCAGGGUCCAUGGGUCCAGGCGGAGGUGGCCAGGCACCUGGGGGUUUGGGUCAGUUGCCUUCCUCAGGAAUGGGUGGUGGGACCUGUCCCAGGAAGGGCACGGGAGUGGUGCAGCCCUUGCCUGCAGCCCAAACAGUGACUGUGAGCCAGGGCAGCCAGACAGAGGCUGAAAGUGCAGCGGCCAAGAAGGCAGAGGCUGAUGGGAGCAGCCAGCAGAACGUGGGCAUGAACCUGACCCGGACUGCUACACCUGCCCCCAGCCAGACGCUUAUUAGCUCAGCCACCUACACACAGAUCCAGCCCCACUCGCUGAUCCAGCAGCAGCAGCAGAUCCACCUCCAGCAGAAGCAGGUGGUGAUCCAGCAGCAGAUCGCCAUCCACCACCAGCAGCAGUUCCAGCACCGGCAGUCCCAGCUGCUUCACACGGCGACACACCUCCAGCUGGCCCAGCAGCAGCAGCAGCAGCAGCAAGCCACAACCCUCCCUGCCCCUCAGCCGCCGCAGGUCCCGCCUACUCAGCAGGUCCCACCGUCCCAGUCCCAGCAGCAAGCCCAAACCCUGGUUGUUCAACCCAUGCUUCAGUCUUCACCCCUGUCCCUUCCACCUGACCCAGCCCCCAAGCCACCGAUCCCUAUCCAAUCCAAGCCACCUGUUGCACCUAUCAAGCCUCCCCAGUUAGGGGCUGCUAAGAUGUCAGCUACCCAGCAGCCACCACCCCACAUCCCCGUGCAAGUCGUGGGUACCCGACAGCCGGGGACAGCCCAGGCACAGGCUUUGGGGUUGGCACAGUUGGCAGCAGCCGUGCCUACUUCCCGGGGGCUGCCAGGCACAGUGCCGCCCGGCCAGGCCCAUUUGGCCUCCUCACCACCUGCAUCCCAGGCUCCUGGUGCGCUGCAGGAGUGCCCGCCUACGCUGGCUCCCGGGAUGACCCUCGCUCCCGUGCAGGGGACAGCGCACGUGGUAAAGGGCGGGGCAACCACUUCCUCACCUGUCGUAGCUCAGGUCCCUGCUGCCUUCUACAUGCAGUCUGUUCACCUGCCGGGUAAACCCCAGACCCUGACUGUCAAACGCAAGGCCGAGUCUGAGGAGGAGAGAGACGACGUGUCCACAUUGGGCUCAGUGCUGGCUGCCAAGGCAUCUCCAGUGGCAGAGAGCCCAAAGGUCCUAGAGGAAAAAAGCAGUCUUGGAGAGAAAGCUGAACCAGUGGCCAGUGUGAAUGCUAAUACUCCAAGCAGUGAACUCCAAGCCUUGACCCCUGCGCCAUCCGCACCGCCUCCUACGCUAGCCAUGGUGUCCAGACAGAUGGGUGACUCAAAACCCCCACAGGCCAUCGUGAAGCCUCAGAUUCUCACCCACAUCAUCGAAGGCUUCGUCAUCCAGGAAGGAGCGGAACCUUUCCCGGUGGGCUGUUCUCAGUUACUGAAGGAGGCUGAGAAGCCGCUACAGACGGGCCUCCCAGCAGCACUGAGUGAGAAUCAGCCAGGUGGCCCCUUGGGAGGGGACAGUCCAUCUGUGGAGUUGGAGAAGAAGGCGAAUCUCCUGAAGUGCGAGUACUGUGGGAAAUACGCCCCAGCAGAGCAGUUCCGUGGCUCCAAGAGGUUCUGCUCCAUGACGUGUGCGAAGAGGUACAAUGUCAGCUGUAGCCACCAGUUCCGGCUGAAGAGGAAAAAAAUGAAAGAGUUUCAGGAAGCCAACUAUGCCCGCGUCCGCAGGCGUGGACCCCGCCGCAGCUCCUCUGACAUCGCCCGAGCCAAGAUCCAGGGCAAGCGCCACCGGGGGCAAGAGGACUCUAGCCGGGGUUCAGAUAACUCCAGUUACGAUGAAGCACUCUCCCCAACGUCUCCUGGGCCGUUAUCAGUGAGAGCUGGGCACGGAGAACGUGACCUAGGGAACCCCAGUACAGCUCCCCCUACACCAGAAUUACACGGCAUCAACCCUGUGUUCCUGUCCAGUAAUCCUAGUCGGUGGAGUGUCGAGGAGGUGUACGAGUUCAUCGCUUCGCUUCAAG